AUAACCAGCAAUAAAAGUAUCAACAUAAUUUUAAAUUAAAAAAUAUUUAUUCAAAUAAGAUGAAAAGAGUUGGGUGUCGACCAGCUGCGAGUCACAAAAAGUCUAAUGAUAAUGAAAAAGACCCUAUUCAAGUAUAUUGCAGACUUCGACCUGUUGAACAUACUGUAGAAUCUUCAUGUGUUAAAGUUGUAUCAGAAACUGAUUUACAAAUAUAUUGUCUGCCAAAUGAAAGAGGAACAUCUAGAGAAUGUCAAUUUAGCUACAAAAAAAUAUUUUCCCAAUAUGAAACUCAAGAUAUGGUCUUCCAAGAUUUGGGAUUACCAUUAGUUGAACAAUUAUUAAAAGGUAAAAGUAGUCUACUUCUUGCAUAUGGAAUAUCAGGUAGUGGAAAGUCAUAUACAAUGACUGGGAACCAGGAAGAUGAUGGCAUUGUUGGUAGAUCCUUUGAUGUAAUAUUCAACUCUAUUAAAGAUUACCAAGCAAGAAAAUUUACAUUUAAGCCUGACAAACUUAAUGGCUAUGACGCUCAUAGUGUUGAAGAAGCAAUGAUUUUUCAAGCCAAAGAUAUCAAAAAUAAAGUUAAAAAUUCAUCAACAACAUAUAAAAAGUAAGACUAUUUUAAAUUUAAAAAAAAAAUGCUCAGUAUAAUAUAUGAGUAUAACCAUAGGUAAAUAGAUAUACAAAUUAAAUUAACUUUUUUAGGAAAGAUGGAGGUAUAGAUAUACUGCGUGUACCAUUUAAUUAUAAAGUGACAAACAUAAAUCAAGAUAGCGCAUAUUCAGUUUUCAUUAGUUAUGUGGAAAUAUAUCACAAUUAUGUUUAUGAUCUAUUAGAAGAUGUGUCUGAUGGAGAAAUAAGACUGUAAGAUAAAACCAUUUGUAAACAAAUGUAUAGUAAUAUUUAUGGUUUUAUUAAAGAAAUAGUAAAAUAAUACGAGAAGACUCAAAUGGCAAUAUGUAUGUUCAUGGUGUAAAUGAACAAGAAGUAGUCAAUCCAAAUGAAGCUAUUGAAUCAUUUCGAAAAGGUCAAUUGCGAAAGCGUACAGCGCCAACUUUUUUGAACACGGAUUCUAGUCGCAGCCAUACAGUAUUUACUGUUAGAAUUGUUAAAGUAAGUAGGUACCUAAACAUAAUAUUCCAGUACCUAAUAAUAAUACAUAGACUUAACAAGACGGUAUUCUUUAUUUUUAUAAUUGAAUAUAAUAUUCAAAUUUUGGUUAAUACUUAAUCAUUAUGAUAGGUAUUGAUAAUAAUAAUAAUAAUAAUACAAAUCGUGACCAAAUUUUUUAUUAUAUCAGAUUUGUAUUUUAUUUAUUUUUAAUUAUUUAUCUUCAUAUUAGUUGCAACACUUCAUGCCUCUUAAUUGCAGCUUAAUUCUUUUUGGUCCGUGUAUUUUCAUUUAUUCAUACCCUUUAUGACUAUUGUGUCAUGUAUUCUUCUCUUUAUACCCUUGAUCUUUCUCUCCUAACGUAUCCUUUAACAUUCAUUCAAUUAUUUUCUUUAGUAAGCUUUUGUGUUUUAAUAUGUGCUUAUCAUUUUAUUAAAAUAUUAAAUACAUUAGUUUCAUAAUUGUCAUUUUUCUUUUAUCCUAUCUAAUAGGUGUCUCUUUGUUUGCAACCCUCUCGAUCCAGUGGAUAUAUCAGAUAAUAUAAAUAAAUUAAUAGGCCUAGUUGUAAAUGUAUAAAAAACUUAACUCGCCAACUAAAAUCAAUUUCUAUGUGUUUAUUGUAAGCCUAUAUAAAGAUAAACUGAUAAACUAUUAAAUAUUCAUAUGUCUAUGUAUUGUAACAUAUUUAUUGUGAUAAAUUAGAGAUCAUAUAACACUUCUUGUAUUAACAUCUUUAAUAAAUUGUUAAAAAUAAUUUGUGAAAGUUUAUUAUUAUAUAACUAUUUAGUUUCAACAUUGUGCCUUUAUCAGGUUACUGAUAUUCAUUUUUAAAUGCUUACAUAAAUAAUUAAAACAAAGCUAACAUAAAUUUAAAUAAAAAUAAUUUUAAUGAACAUUACCUAAAUAAAACAAAUAUUAUUUUAUGGUUUUAUUAUCAAAGGCGUAGCUAGAAAUAUUUUUCUGGGUAGGCUAGAUAAAAUAAUAUAAAUGUUUGUAUAGGAAAGACUACUAAUGCAAAUUUUUAAUUUUAAAAUUGUGUUAAUUUUUGGAGAAAAGUGGGUACGCCCAGGUCUACCAGGCCUACCCACUGGCUACGCCACUGUUCAUUAUUACUAAAAAAAUAUUUUUUAGGCACCUUUGGAUAUUGAUGGUUUAAAUGUAAUUCAAGACAAAAAGUAUACUGUUGUAAGUCAAUUGUCACUGGUGGAUUUAGCUGGAAGUGAACGAACUGAUAAAGCAAAAACAACUGGGCAGAGACUUCAAGAAGCUGGUAAAAUUAUAUCAUAUUUUUAAAUUGUAUUGAUUUUAAAUUAAAUAUUUUUUACAGGUGGAAUUAAUAAUUCAUUAUCAAAUUUAAAACAAUGUCUCAGAAUUUUAUACGAAAAUCAGUCUUCCAGUAAUUUAAGGAACAUUGCUGAGAAAAUACCCUAUAGAACAUCACGUCUUACACAUCUAUUCAAAAGUUUUUUUGAAGGUUCUGGUUCAAUCCGAAUACUUAUUUGCAUUAACUCUUUAUCUAAAUAUUCAGAGCUAUUGGUGAAUAUAAAACUAAUAAAUUUGUAUUUCAAUUAACCUCAUUUAUUUUUUAACUUAUUUGUCUAGCCUGUGUUGCAAUUUGGUGAAAUUUCUAGUAAUGUUAAAGUAAAAAGAACCACACCGUUACUAAUGGAUAUAGGAUUGAUUCCAGGAAGACGAAAAAUGAUUGAUGUAAGUGUUACCUUUAACUUACAGCCAAUAGAUCUAAUGUAAACCAAUGACUAUUUUAUUUAUUUGGAUAAAUAUAUAAUUAAUAAUAAAGUGUAAUUUUAGAUGCAGUUGGCAAACACCCCAUGUGUAUUUGAAGGAAAACCUAGAACACCACUUAAUAACAUAGUUAAAGAUAAUUCCAAAGACACCUACCUUAGGUAAUUAUAUUUGAUUCUUUCAUAAUACUUACAUAUUUUUUUCUUAUUAGUGUUUAAAUAUAUAAAUAAAUAAUUUAUAUGUAGAAAUAAAUAAAUGAAUGGGUUGCCUGGAGUAUUAAUUAGGGUUUAAAUUUGUGUAUUGUACGACCAUUUACGAACUAGAAAUUCAUUAUCACGUAAAUCCCAAAGUCAAAAAGUAAAACGCAACUGAAUAUGAAAAAAAAUAAUGAAUACAUAAAGAAAAAAUUAUACAAAUUGAUCAUUUUACAUAGAAAUAAUUUAUUUUAAUAGGAGAGAUUAUUUAAGAUGAGUUAUUAUUAGACAUACAUAUGUUAAGAAAUAUAAAUUAUUUGGUUAUUAUAUAUUAUCUAAAGUUUAUUGAUAUAAGAUAUUAUUUUUAAAAUUGGUUUAUAACUUUGUACAUUUAAAAUAUUAUUAACAUUAUUUUUGACAUUAACUGAAUUAAUGUAAAUGUUAUUUUGGGUAUUUAAUAUUUCUAAGUCUGUAUUUAUAUUAAAACUUAUACUAUGGUUUUUUUCUAAUACAUUUUUAGUGAAAUUUGAAUAAGGGGCAGUCUUUUUUUAAAUUUUAUUUCAGAAAUGUGUUCUUUAUAUCUCAUUUUAAAAUUGUAUAUAUAAUAAUAUAUUAUAAAUAAUAUUGAGCUCGUAUUGAUAAUUAUGUUUAUUUAAUCAUUAAAUUUUAAUUAAAUAUGUUCAAGCCUAUAGAAAUAUUUAAUUAAACAAUGAUAUUUUUUGAGUUUAAGGAUGAUUAGAACCAUGUGGUAUUAUAGAAUCAGUUUGUGUGGGUUUCCUGUAAAUACUAAAAUCAAAUUUAUAUUUUAUUAUAAAAACUGUAAGAACUAAGUUUGUUACUUUUUCUUUCGAGUGUAAAUUUAAUAUUUUUAUUUAUUUUGUUCAAGUAGUUAACUAAAACACAUUUCUUAAUACUCUAGACGAUACAUUUAUUUAUUUAUUUAUAUAUUUAUUUACGAGUAUCAACUAUUUAAUAAUUUUGAUUUUACUUUUUAUUUUAUUAGUGUUUUAAAUUUGGGACCACCUCUGCCUGAGAUAAACAUUGAUGAUAUGUUGGAUGAACAAAAGAGACAAGAGUUGAUAAAUGCUCUAGAUCAAAGAAUUAAAAGAAAAGAUGAACUUCGUGAAGUGUUGAUUAAUCAAAGUAUUGUACUUGUUUUUAAUAUUCAAUUGAACUUGUUUAACUCUAAAUCAUUGAUACCUCAACUUUUUAUUGUUCCCUAGGAUUUCCUAUUUAACAAUGUUAAAAAAAUAACAUUUUAAUCUAAUAUUUCAUGGAUAACUCAAACUAUUUUGCUAUCCCUUUAACCAUGUCUGACUAUUAUGGUAGAAAUAAUAUAUGUAUAAUAAUAUAGUUAUUUUUUAAAGGUAAUGAAAUACGUGCACAUAUGGUGUUAUUAGAAUUUAAUAAUUCCAAUUCGAAACAAGAAGUAUAUUCUCUACAAAUUUUGAGGGAUCAAGACAUUAAUAAAGUAUAAAUAAUCUUAAACCUUAUUAUUAUUAUUUUUAUUAUACAUGUAUAUUAUUUUUGUAUAGAUUAAACAAUAUCAAAAUAAGGUGUUUUUAUUAGAAAAUGAAAUUGCUUCCUUAAAAAGAAAACUAGGAUUAUUAGAUAGUGAAAAUAAAAAACUAAAAUCAAAUGUAAGAUCAAAUAUUGAUUAUACUAUUGGACUUUAUUUUUGAGUUAAUUAUGCCCUUUAAUUUUAGUUAAAUUCAAAAGAAAAUAUGCUUAAUCAAGUGUCUGCAGAUAAAGAUCUUUUAAAACAAAGAUAUAAUAAUAAAAUUAUUAAAAAACAAGAACAGUUAUUCAAAGGAUUGAAAGAUAAGUGGAAAGUUCAAGAAAACGAAUUUGAAGUUUGUACAGCUUUACUUCUAAUUUUAAAAAACCCUGAAUUAUGUUUAUCUGUAUAUAUAACAAAUUUUCAAUUAUGAUAUCCAAACUAUAAAACAUAUUAAAUGAAUACGAUUUUUUCAAAAAAAGAUGAACAUUUUAAUUGCUAUAUUUAAAUAAUACAUAUUUUACUUAUUUUUAAACAACUCUUUAAAGUUUGAAUUGAAAAAUAUUUAUAAUCGCAAAUUAAAAAAGUAAACAUAUUUGUAAACUAUAACUUCUAUUAUUUUUAUUUUUAGAUAAAAUUACAAGAAAAAAAACUUAAAUUAAAACAUAUCAAGAAUGUCGCAGAAAGCAUAGAAAGCCUUCCUAAUCAUCCUUCUAGGCGUAUUUUAAAACAAACUUUAUUUGAUGAAAGUUCAAACAAACCUGUACCUUAUGUAAAUAUAGAACUAUCAGAUUCAAAACAAAAUGAGGUAAAAACCUCAUUUUAACCUAGUUUAAGUAAAAAAUAAAAUAUAUUUAUUUAUAACUUUUUAAAUAUAUAACCGAAAGAUUAAUUUAAUGUUAAUUCAUAUUUAGCAUACAAAAAUGACAUUAAAAAAUUUAUGUCCAAGACGUUCAAAGUCCUGUGACCCACAAGAAUGUUGGAUUGAACACAAGCCUCCAGCACCCAUUCCAUUAAAUACUGUUAUGCAACCAAAAAUGAAGAACUGCAAAUCUGUUACUAAUUUAACAGAUGCUAAAACUGUAACUAAUAAUGGGGCUUCAAAAUAUUGUUUAAUGACACAGGGAGUAGAUGAACAGGGCAAUUCAGAAGCAAAACUGUACAAAGUAUUUAAGUUUAAAAGUUGUCUUUGAAAUAACAUUAAAAUUUUUGAAUUUUUUUUAGGCGGAUAUUAUACAAACUAUGGGUGGGGGUGCCCAGAUUGUGUUUCAUGAUAUUGAAACACUAAAACAGGAUUCAUCUCUUGGUUGCUCUCCUGUAAAACAUUGUGUUAAGAUGUAUAAUGAUGAAAUAAGAGAUCAUGCUACUGGGUCUGAUGAUUUAAAUGAAAAAUGUUAAAGUAUAUAGAGUGGACAUAUUCCAGUGUCAAGGAAGUAAUAUAAUUAUAGACUUAAAAUAAGACAUAAUUAUUGUAAUAAACCAUUAAUAAUCAAAC